AUGUGAAAAUGAAUUACUUUUUCGUCUUUUAACCUCCGUACAACAAUUGAUCAAACGUAAUUCUGUGAUACUAGAAUUGAUAUUAUUGAAGAUUUUAUUUUGACUGACAAAGAUCGGAAAUUAAUCCUGCAUUUUCUCUAAAAAAAAAACAAGACAGCCAUAACCUACUCAUUUAUGAAUUUAUGAAGUGUUUGCCUGUUAAUGAUAAUCAACUUUUUUGACUGUUAAUCUGUUACAUUCCUCGUAUUUUUAUUCCUUUGUUAUGAUCUCUCAAUUGGCAAAAUUUCUUUUUAUUUCUUGCAUCACUAUUUAUCCAUCUGGUAUAGAAACUAAUGAUGUAACCAAUUUAACAACUGUAUUGGCUAAUGAAAUAUCUACGAUUUCGACUUUGAAACCGAGUCCCACAGUUGUAGAAAACUCCACCGCUGCCGUCACUUCUAAUAAUACAAUUACAGAAAAUUCAACAACAAUUGAAUCAUUCAGUGACGCAACAACUAUAACCUCGUUUGUUACAACGAAUAACUCAACCUCGUUUGAAACAACAAUUAAAUUUAUACCAUCAAAAAAAAAAAAUCAUGUCUCACUGAAAAUAUUUCUAGUGAUCGUUGCUGUUGGAGCAGCAGUUGCAGUAGUUGCUAUUAUUAUUGGCAAACGGCAUUGUUGCAAUGCAAUGAAAACAAAUAUAACAGCAAAGUUUAAUGUCAAGAAAGAUUCCGAAUUAGAAUAUAUAAUAGAUGAUGGAGAAUUUAUGAAUCCUGAUGAUCCACCUGUAUUAGCUGAGAUGAAAGUAGCUCCAAAUGGAAAAAGAAAAAAGGCAAAGAAAGAAGAGACACUAAAUAGUUUAUCUGGUAAAAAUAAAGAUGGUUCCCUUCAGUUGUAUGGAGCUACUACAUCAGCGGCUCUACCUUGUUAA